UCUCAGUAAAAUUACAAACUUAACGGAACGUGCACCGAUUGAGAGGGAACAUAUAUUCUCAUAGGAGUGAUUUUUUUUUUCAGUUCUGAAAUGACCGGAUUAUCUAUUUGUUUCACGUGGGCCUUGGCAGCUUUUGUUUUCGUGACACCUGCACAGUCCUCUCCAGUUAUCUGCCCGGAACCUAUCCGCUGCGCUCCUUGCACUCUAGAACAGCUCAGUCAGUGUCCCGCAGUGCCCACAAACUGCCGUGAGGUGCUUAGAGAACCAGGCUGCGGAUGCUGUUUAGCUUGCGCUCUGGAGAGAGGAGAUCCCUGCGGUGUCUACACGGCACACUGCGCCACCGGCCUACGUUGUUCUCCGCGACCAGGAGACCCAAGACCCCUCCAAUCACUUACCAGAGGACAUGGUGUCUGCACAGAUCUGGAUGGGGGUGAAGAUGAGGGUACAGACCACGGGUCCAUUCAUCACUAUCUGGGCCUGAACAAACCGCUGGACGCUGUGGAUGCCCAGGAGAGCUUGAAGGCAAAAGUGAACGCUAUCCGAAACAAACUUGUCCAGCAGGGUCCAUGCCAUGCUGAACUGCAUGCAGCCUUGGACAUGAUUGCCACAUCCCAACAGAAACUGGGAGAAAAAUUUACAAGCUUCUACCUCCCCAACUGUGACAAGCAUGGUUUUUACAAAGCCAAGCAGUGUGAGACAUCUCUAGUGGGACAGAGUGCACGCUGUUGGUGUGUGUCAUCAUGGAAUGGCAAACAGAUUCCGGGAUCCAGUGACAUUCCUGGAGAGGCUCAGUGUCAUCAGGAAGUCACUCAUUAAAGAUACUUAAAGCCAGACACACGUGCGCACACACACACACACACACACACACACACACACACACUACACUUAUCCACACACAAACUCUGACACACAUGCACACCCACACAAACACACACACACACACACACACACACACAUACACACACACGCACACACACACACACACAUGCUGAUGGACACACACACAUAUACAUAUAUGAUGGUUUUCAUGACCUUUUAUCUAUGUUAGCAUUAUAUUAAGACUUAUUUAUUCCAAAUGUAUGAAGAGAGUAAUAUGCCAGUCACUGGUGAUUUGUUUAUGACUAUUUAUAUAUUUACUUAUUUUUAUUGUAAGUAGGAAAACACUGUAUUCAUUUGUUUCUGACUAAACAACUCCAUCUGCAAAGACCACACACCUCCAGGUUCAGCCAAGCCUAAUACAGAGUCCUUGGGAUUUGUUUUUGAUUCACUCAAAUAUUGGAUCAUUGCACUGUGGAUCUUUCCAAUUAAUUUAGCUCUGGGGCUACGUGUAUAUUUUUCUGAGAAAAAAAAUAGAAAUGCCUUUUUUCUGUUUAUGCUUCAUCAUAUUUCAUGUUGAGAUAUUAGGGCUUUCCAAGUGUUUAAGGAAAACUACAGAUAUCUACAAAUGGCAUCAGGCGUACAAUUGAUUUGUUGGUUAUAUUUCUUUAAUAUAAACAUACUCUGGGUGUUCUGGCUGAAUGAUACUGCAAUACAGUGCAUGUUUUAAGACUGCAGGUGGAUAGGUUUGACCAACCCCUACCUCUUUGGGCUGUAGCAGACCGUUGCCCAUUUCCGUCUCUUGGCACAGAUGGUCAGGUUUCCGGUUGUCUGGCUAAUAGGAGGUGUAGCUAGUUGAGUGUGCACUGGAUUGGCUUUGGCAUUUAUCACACAGACAUUAUAUAGACACAGAUAUAUUAUUGUGUCAGUAAGCCUGUGAUAAAGUUUUAUGAUACAUGUGCCACCCAAUGUGAUCUUUUUAAAAAUACUACUCUCAGGGCCUGGCCUUUUGCUUUAGCGAGUCUGCUCAGCUGUGUGGUGUUACAUUGCUGCAAAAUUCAACAUUCAAACUAAUACAAACCCCUAUCUUUGGGAAAGCCUAUUAUCAAUGUAGGCAAUGUUUUGUGUGUUUUUUUUAACUGGAGUGAAGCUGAUGCAUAGAGGACUGUACUUAGACUGAGGUCACUUUUGUCCAUUAUGCUGCUGUUGCUGUGUGCAGGUGUAAACUACAGUCCCUCUGCAUCGGUGUAGAUGAGUGCUGCUACUGUCUUAUUUUUGGCUAUUCCAUUUUGGAUGCAGUUCUUGAAAGAGUUGUUGUAUUGUUACAACGCUUGUAGUGAAAACUGUAUAUUCUUUCAAUAAACCUGUUGUCUUUGA